ACAUUGUUCUGAGAGAAAAAGACUUUUGAAACAAUGGAUAAUGUUACAGACUUAAAGGAUUGAUUUAUUAUUUUAUUGAAGAAAUGGAAAAAGAGACUGAAAAAUCCCCAUACCAUUGUGAUAUCUGUCAAAAAUCAUUUUCUCUGGAAAGUAGGCUCAUUAAACACAAAUGUAUUAAUAGAGGUGAGAAACCAUAUCCCUGUGAUGUUUGUGGUAAAUCAUUCUCAAGAAAGAAUUGGUUAGCUAAACAUAGACGCAUUCAUAUGGACAAGGAGCCAUAUCAUUGUGAUAUCUGUGGUAAAUCAUUCUCUCAAAGAAUUGAAUUAUAUACUCACAAACGUGUUCAUACAGAAGCAAAACCUUACCACUGCGAUAUCUGUGGUAGAUCAUUUUCACGGAAGCUUAAUCUAACUGGUCACGUACGCACUCACACAGGAGAAAAACCACAUCAUUGUGAUGUCUGUAGUAAAUCAUUCUCUCGUUUAACCAAUUUACGUGCUCACAAGCGCAUUCAUGCUGGGGAAAACACACAUCAGUGUGAUAUCUGUGGUAAAUCAUUCUCACAAAAGAGUGGUUUAACUGUUCACAUACGCAUUCACACAGGAGAAAAACCACAUCAAUGUGAUGUCUGUAGUAAAUCAUUUUCUCACGUAGCGUCUUUACGUGCUCACAAACUCAUUCAUACAGGAGAAAUGAUGCAUUGUGAUAUCUGUGGUAAACCAUUCAUUCACAAGAGUGAUUUAACUUUUCACAUACGCGUGCACACAGGAGAAAAACCAUAUCAUUGUGAUGUCUGUAGUAAAUCCUUCCCUCGCUUAGCUUCUUUACGUAUUCACAAACGCAUUCAUACAGGGGAAAUGACACAUCAUUGUGAUAUCUGUGGUAAAUCAUUCAUUCGAUCAAGUAACUUAGCUUCACACAAAUACAUUCAUACGAAAGAGAAACCAUAUCAGUGUGACAUCUGUGGUAAAUCAUUCCCUAUUACUUCGCACUUAAUUGUCCACGUACGUAGUCAUACA